UGCAUUGAGAGAAACACACUCUCUCUCUCUCUCUCUCACACACAUAUAGUGGCGGCCACAUUUUCACAGCCCGCUCUCCAGACUGACAGCAGCAAACGGAGUUGAGAGCCAGCACGACAGAGCAGCGAGGGAGGACUGGAAACAAGGGAGGCAUCCACACACGGAGAGGAGACUACACAGGAUUUGCCUCAUUCUCUUUCCUCUCUUUGCUCUCUGGGAGCCAAAAAAAGGAAUCUGCCCCGUGCUCCUCUUGAGCUGAACUUGCCUCUGCACCUUGCUAUGGCAGCCCCGGUGGGACAUGGGAACACUGUCUCCCCCUCAUCUUGUUCCUCUCAUCCUUGGACUACAACCCUCCUAUGGGCUCUGUUGACUCUUUUAACCCAAGUGUGGGGCUUUAACCUGGAUACUACUCACACGCUGCAUAAGUUGGGAGACCAUGGCACCUUUUUUGGUUUCUCUCUUGCACUUCACCAGCAGCUUACCCCAGAGCCUCAGAGCUGGAUCCUCGUGGGGGCGCCACAGGCAGCGGGGCAGGGCCAUUUGCGGGGCACUCGGCCAGGAGCCUUGUUCAGGUGUCCGAUCACCCCGGAGGAGUACGACUGUGAGAGGGUGGAUAUUGAUGGAGAAGUGAGUCUGAAGAGAGAGAACAAAGACAACCAGUGGCUGGGAGUCACUGUCAAGAGUCAGGGGAUCGGAGGGAAGGUGGUGACCUGUGCUCACCUGUACGAGCUCAGGCAGCGUGUCGGUAAACCUUCAGAGACUCGCGACCCCAUCGGACGCUGCUACGUCCUGAGCGAGGACCUGACAGAGCGAGAUGACUUGGACGGAGGGGAGUGGAAGUUCUGCGAGGGUCGGCCGCAGGGACACGAGCAGUUUGGCUUCUGUCAGCAGGGCCUGUCUGUCAGUUUCACCCCAGACAACAACUUCAUAUUGUUUGGGGCUCCGGGAACAUAUAACUGGAAAGGUGAGAUGCGCGUCCAGCUCCUAAACCAGACACUGCUCGACCUCGGUCUCUAUGAUGACGGACCCUACGAGGUGGCAGAUCAGAAACAGCUUAAUGCCCGGCUCAUCCCUGUGCCCUACCACAGUUACCUGGGGUUUUCCGUGGACUCGGCCAUGGGGAUAAUGAGCCUCGGGGAGCUGACCUUCGUGGCGGGUGCACCUCGGGCCAAUCACACGGGGGCCGUGGUGCUGCUGAGGAAAGACAACGUGUACCGGCUGGUGCCGCAGCACAUCUUCUGGGGGGAGGAGCUGGCGUCUUCAUUCGGGUACUCUGUGGCUACGACAGAUCUGAACAGGGACGGCUGGACGGAUCUGAUCGUUGGAGCUCCUAAUUUCUUUGACCGUAAAGCAGAGAUCGGAGGGGCCGUGUACGUGUACCUGAACCCCUUUGGCCACUGGGAUGAUCAGGCUCGGCCGAUCCGUCUCAACGGGACCUACGACUCCAUGUUUGGAAUGACGGUCAGCAACAUCGGAGAUCUGGACCAGGAUGGAUAUGGCGAUAUCGCUGUCGGAGCACCGUUUGAUGGAGACGGCAAAGUUUUCAUCUACAGAGGUUCAGAUUCUGGAAUUGAAACCAAACCUGCUCAGGUGCUGGAUGGUCGUGACUUCGAUGUGAGACGUUUUGGAUACUCCAUCUCAGGUGGUUUGGAUAUUGAUAAUAACCAGUACCCAGACCUCGCAGUGGGCUCUCUUAAUGACUCAGUGGUUCUGUUCAGGUCUCGUCCGGUCAUCCAUGUGAUCAGAGAAAUAUCCAUCAACCCUCAAUACAUUGAUCUGGAGCAGCACAACUGCGAGGGGAGAGAUGGAGUCUGCGUGGAGGUCAAGGCCUGCUUCACCUUCAAGGCCCACCCAGAACACUACUCACCACACAUGACCCUGGUGGUGCACUUUGAAGCCGACACAGAGCGCAGGAAGUUGGGCCUCCCGCACCGGGUCAACUUCCUGGGCCGCAGCUCCCUGGAGCCGGAGUACACUCAGACUGAAGAAGUGGAGCUGCAUCGGCAGCUACACCCCGUGUGCACCACUGCUACCUUCCAGCUCCAUGAGAACCUCCGUGACAAACUGCGUCCCAUCUCACUGGCGAUAACCCACAACAUCAAGCCCGUCCCCCCACGUAGACACUCGGGAUCUAAGAAGCUCGAGAAGCUGGCGCCUAUACUGAGUGUUUCCCCCUCGAACACACUGCAGUCUGAGGUGAACUUCCUGCGAGAAGGAUGCGGCAGUGACAAAAUCUGCCAGAGCAACCUGAAGCUGAACUACCAGUUUGGAACCAGACCUCUGAACUCCGACCUCUUCACCCCACUGCCCAAAGAUGAGGAUGACGUGCAGGUGUUCUCCCUGUCGGACCAGAGGCUGGUGGUGCUGGAGGUCACUGUCACCAACAUGCCUUCUGACCCGCUGCACCCCGAGGAGGAUGGAGACGACGCUCACGCCGCUCAGCUGCUCAUCUCCCUUCCAAACACUCUGUCAUAUGCCGGAUCCAGAGUCCCACCUCAGAUGAGAUGCCAGGCGAACCAGAACGGCUCCCAAAUCGAGUGUGACCUGGGAAACCCUGUGAAACGAGAUACUAAGCUGAAGUUCACCAUCAACUUGAGCACAUCUAACAUCACAAUCGAGACCACUGAGCUGACAGCAGAUUUGGCACUGACAACUAUCAGUGAGCAGCCUGACCUGGUGCCGGUCACAGCAUUUGCUAAAGUGGUGAUAGAGCUCCCUCUGUCUGUCAGCGGGCUCGCUCGUCCUCACCAGCUGUUCUUCAGCGGGACAGUGAAGGGAGAGAGUGCAAUGACCAGUCUGGAGGACAUCGGCAGCCCUGUGGACUUUGAGUUUGUGGUUGCUAACCCUGGUCAAGCUCUGCAGACGCUCGGCUCGGCCUUCCUGAACAUCAUGUGGCCGUAUGAGCUGGCCAAUGAGAAAUGGCUCCUGUAUCCGGCCAGCUUGAAGUUCGACGGUCACUCAGACUCACAUUGCACCCCGUCAGGGGCUCUGAAUCCUCUGAAGCUCUACAGCUCCUCACUUACAGAACUUCCACAGCAUAUUAAUAACACAGUUGGGCGAACGCGUCGCUCCUACCCAGAGGAAGAAGGUCAAGUGAUGACAAAAGGCAGCGUGGGAAGAACAACCCCGGCUGUGGCGGCUUCAGAGAGACGCAAGUCACUCAAACUGGAUUGUCUCUUGGGGUCGGCCCGCUGCAUCCUGUUUCAGUGUCCCCUCCACAGCUUCUCUGGUCAGGCCGUCCUCAAGAUCCACGCCAGGCUGUGGAACAGCAGUUUCAUAGAGGAGUUCCCAGCAGCCAGUGCGCUGGAGCUGCUGGUCAGAGCCAACAUCACUGUGAAGUCCACCAUCAAACACCUGGUCCUCAAGGAUGCUGCAGCACAGGUUCCAGUGAUGAUCUAUCCUGAGCCUGGUCUCGCUGACCAGUACUUGAUCCCCUGGUGGAUCAUCCUCAUAGCUGUUCUGGCAGGAAUCCUGUUGCUAACUCUACUGGUCUGCAUACUGUGGAAGUGUGGCUUCUUCCAGCGGGCCCACUACAAAGACAAAUUGCCUCAGUACCACGCGGUGAAGAUUCCUCGCGAGGACCGGCCACAGUUCCAGACUGAGAAGUCAGGAGCCGUCCAUAAAAAGGAAUGGGCCACGCACUGGAGCGACGGGACCUCGUAACUCCCCCUGAAGCACUGACAGACUGAAUUAUUUCAAAUCACCAUGUGUGGCGCUCAUUCUGUCUUCGCAUUGGAACUAACGGACUAAAAAACGUGCACAUGGACUGAGAUCAUGACAUCUUGUGCACUCUGUGCUGUGUCAGUACUCGAUACACUCUGACUGGAUCUAUAUCCUCCCGUAGCCCACUGAUUGGCUGGCCUUGGGUAGUCAAUCAAUACUGUGCAUCUAUUUCAGUGUUUUACAGUAAAUACUGAAGGCCUGCAACAUUAUUAGAACCAGAGUAGCUGCUCAAUAUGUUUCACAGAGUGCUGACACUCACAUGGACCUCACUGACAGAAGGAGGACAGACCAUCACCACGCAAAGACAUGCAUGAAUGCACAAACUCAGUAAUAAUAUUAGACGCAUACAGACACACUGGACAUUGUUGUUGAAGAAGCCACUGCCUGUGACAAAGACUACUUUUUGCCUUAACUACUGUAAGACUGACGACUUAUACAGGCAAUGAAAACAUGCUUCUUUAUUUCUUUUUUCUUUCUUUUCUUUUCUUUUCUUUCUUUUUUUUUUUUUUUACAUAUAAAUGAUGUUUUGGGACUUCUGUUCAGUCAGCACUGGUAAACAUUGGGAAAAUGUCGGUAUGUAAGAUAAGUAAAGUGAGAUGUUGCAGAACACUGAACGUGUUGUUGUCUUGGAUGGCUGAAGAAGCCAUUCAAUAAGUUCACCUGACAAUUUUUGUAUAUCCUUAUUCGAGGAAAGAGUUUUUUUGUUAAUAUGUCAGUCAAAUGUACUGUACAGGAAUAGUUUAUGGUCUGAGUGAACUUGAAUAAGAUCAACAAAGCCACAAUAAAGAGGCGAAGUCGCACCCCGUCCGGUUGUCCACCACGGGACCUUAUUCCAGAAAAAACUAUGCAUGGUCGUGAAUGUGAGUAAGUAAUUGUCUUAUUCCAUUCGAUUUGUGCCGUGAAGUACACACAUGAUGCUUGUCAAAUCAAAAGUCACGGUAAAGAAUACCUUAUUAGAAAGACUACACGCCUGGACCCAUUUACACUGUCACUUUAAAAAGUUGACUUCACUUUAAAAAGUCACGAUACCCAUGACAUCAUAAUUACAGAGAAAGUAGAUGAUCAAAUGUAAGUUAUAUGAGCUAAAAAGUUUAAACAGCUUUCAAAUUAUUAGUCUACUUUUCUUGGUAAUUUUGAGGUAAUCAGUUAUCUUGAUUUUAUUUUGUAAAGUCACUUUGUCAGAAUUUAUAGUGUAUUAACAAGCUCAAAGAAAUGAGUGACUCUCCUUUUAACGUCUCCACUUAACUGCAGCCUUCGAUACAGGCAGACUUUUUGUGAUCUUUACUGAGUGAAAGUUACGCAAACCUAAGUGGUAUUUUACUAAAUCUUUGCAACCAUCUGUGACGUUCUUGACUUGCAGAAUCAUCUUUUGAGUCGACAAACAUCAUGUAUGAGAUUAAUUGCACAAUUCAACCUGGAUCAAAUUAUUAUCAUUAUUUUUUUUGUCUGAAAUCGACUACUGUGUCAUUUUUAAGGUCCCAUGGGGUGCAGUGGAAGGGGCGGGACCUUCCCCUGUUUUCACAGCAUAUGAGAGCCAUGGCCAUUGAACUGUUAUUGCAUGAAAACCAAAAUGUCAGAAAAGCGAAGGAGCAUUUAAUAUACGUAUAAGCAUUUAAAUUUCUGGAACAUGGAUUUGUAGGCUCAUGAAGGAAGAAAAAAAAAGUCCAAGUGUAUAAAAGGAUUAUGUUUGAGAACAUUGUCUUGAAUAAGAUAUGUCUAAAUGAUGAGGUUUUCAAGCAACACCACAUUUAUGACUCUUGUGGGGAUGUAAAAAAAAAGAUGUCUCCCCAGGAGACAUUACGAACUUUGCAUAAUAGUUUUCUAACUUUUUCGUUGCAUUAUAUUAACCCGCUUGUCGCUCUGUUCCUGCUUAGCCAAGCGAGCAUUAAUUUCAGUACUGACAUGUCUAACUAAGUGCCUUAUGGUAAAAGCGGCAGACUGUGAGCUGCUGGUAAAGAACAGAAGGCAACUUUGCAAAUUAGAUCAGGCUGCCUUGAAGCAUCUGUUGGACACCUGUGGACAAACAAACAUCCCUCCAACGCUUGAACAACACGAAGAGAGGAGAGGAGAUUUACAGAGGAGCGGAAUAUCUCGGCAAAAGGAACCAGACGAACUUUUCUUUGGAUCUGUUUUGGGUCGAUGAAGUGGCUGUAAAGCAUGAAGAGUCAGCUUGUUUUUGUUUUUUCUUUUUUUUUGUUAGGUAUUGCUGGACAAUCUUGUAUUAGCUGCAUGAAGCUCCUGUUGCUGUUCUGAUGUUCCCCUCUUUUUUCAUGACUCAGUGUUUUUAUUUAUUUUGUGUUUUUGGCUGCACCGUUUUAACAUUGUAAAUAAAGUAAAUGGAAAAAAAAAACCCAAAUAAACCCAUCAGAUAACGUCG